ACAUAUAUAAAGAGGGUUGAUUAACGCUUGCGGAAGUCAGUCACAUCGUCUUUACAAUUCGAACUCAACGAUGAUACGAUUCGCGGGUUUACUCUUCUUAUGGCUGCCAAUUGCCAUGGCAGCAGACACAACGUACACACCGUGCACUCUGUGCCUUUACCAGGCAUCAUCGUCGAAAUUGGCAGCAACCAAAGUACGACUGUAUACAGGUGAGGACGUAGACACGUACACGGAAGUGCAAUCCACCGAAGCUCUGAGCUUGUUCGAUCAGAUGGACGUCAGCAAGCCGACUGUCGUUUACACCCAUGGUUUGUACGGUACUCCGAGUUGGCAAAGCACCAAAGCAAUCAUCGAUGCAUACCUCCAACGGGGGGAACACAACGUUCUGUACAUGAACUGGGCGAAUAUCGCUGUCAGUGCGUACGUCUACGCGGCUCGUAGCGUUCCUGGUGUCGGUUACACCCUGGCCACUAUCCUCAACGAGUGGGUGGCGGCUGGUCUGAACUCGUCGUCUCUUCAUCUCGUCGGCCAUUCGAUGGGUGCCGAAAUCUCCGGAUACGCCGGGCGAUACGCGAACUUCACAGUGCCCCGGAUCGUGGGUUUGGACCCAGCGGGACCCUUGUUCUACACGAUUCUGGACCACAUAAAUACCGACGAUGCUGAUUUCGUCCAAGUGAUCCAUUCGGACGACGGCGUCAUUGGACUCAACUCGGAUGUGGGACACGUCGACUUUUAUCCUAACGGUGGUACCAACUUGCAGCCAGGAUGCGGUUUAGCAGGACAUAUCUGUAGCCACCUUAGAGCUUGUUUCUACUACGCUGAGUCCGUACGGAAUGAGUCUGCUUACGUUGGCCAAACAUGCGAUUCGUAUCGGAAGUUCAAGAAAGGUUCAUGCGAUUCGAACGAAGUAGCAGUAAUGGGUUACGCGACUCCGACAACCGCGAGUGGUAAAUACUAUUUCCAAACUAACUCGGACACACCUUACGGUCGAGGAGUUCAGGGCACCACUUACGAUUCUUCAACCAAUAUAGUAACUUCGACCGUCGAAGAUCUGUGGGAAGGACUGACGUCGCUCUUUGGUUGAAAUUAGUCAAGCUUCGUAGCAUCGCUACGAUCAAAAUCCCGAAGAAUCUAUUUCAUAUACAUAGAACGUCGAGUUUCUACGGUGUCAUGUAUAUCACUUUGGAGCAAUGUGUGCUCAGCUGAGUAACAAACAUUUUUAACAUCGUUCUUUCGGGACUUGAAACAUUAAAUGAGAUUUCAAAUAUCAAAAUUAAAAA